CUGAUGCAGCACAGUACCUGGGCAGGCUCCUUUCAAGGGGAUUUUUCACUGCAUGCUCUGUGUUCAAGCUCUAGCAGGAGAAGGAAGGGAGUACUUAGGCUGUGACACUGGGAGCCAAUUCCCCCGUCGCAAGCGUGUAACACGAGGAUCAGGAAACAGUAAAACACUGGGAGCCAAUUCCCCCGUCGCAAGCGUGUAACACGAGGAUCAGGAAACAGCAAAACACUGGGAGCCAAUUCCCCCGUCGCAAGCGUGUAACACGAGGAUCAGGAAACAGUAAAACACUGGGAGCCAAUUCCCCCAUCGCAAGCGUGUAACACGAGGAUCAGGAAACAGUAAACACUGGGAGCCAAUUCCCCCAUCGCAAGCGUGUAACACGAGGAUCAGGAAACAGUAAAACACUGGGAGCCAAUUCCCCCGUCGCAAGCGUGGAACACGAGGAUCAGGAAACAGUAAAACACUGGGAGCCAAUUCCCCCGUCGCAAGCGUGGAACACGAGGAUCAGGAAACAGUAAAAAUAAGAGACAAUUUCCUGAGAAUGUGAGAGACCAGAAGAGAGGGAAACCUGAUCCUGAACCUUUGAGAAACAGCGCUGCGUAAUAAAACCGCACAGCGACACAGUCCAGAUCCUUUUUAUCAGCUGUAUCUGCUGCACUCCAUCGUUCAGCUGGACACACUCCUGCAGGACAGAGGCCAGCUGCUGUGCCAAAGGACCUCCGUCUAGAGCGAGGAAAUAGAACAGAACACUGGAGUCCGGAGCACCACCAGGGCAAGUAAAGAACACUGCCUUCAGCAGAGUCUGACAUGGGAAAAGACUCCUCUGGAACAUACAUGCAAGUGCACUUCUAGCACUAUUUAAAAUACCUUAUUCAAGUUUUUAAAUGAUGAAUGACAGAUUACUGAAAACAUAUCACUCACACAAAAGCACAUAACCAGCAUACAAAAUGAUAGCUGUGUUUUAUUAAGGUACGUGUUGAUUUCAGUAAAGUGUGCUUGUCUCAUUAGCAUCAAUCAGAUGUGCUGGUUUCCUCAGUAAUGCCACCACCCCCUUGUCUGUGGACAGUUCAGUUUAAUCUACCUUUCACUGGCAAGAACGAUGGCCCCAGCACCUCAGGUCAGAGUGCCAGUGGUCUCCAGCUGAAUUACUUUGCUGCAGGUCUGUCAAAUUAACAUGACCUACUUGCACUGGCUUGACAUAAUGUCUCCUGCUAAGAAUUAUGCUAAAAACUUACCUGGUCCAAAUGUAUUUAUGUAUUUAUUGCUGCCCAGUGCCCAAUACAUUUGACAUUUAAAAAAUAGGCAUUAAACAGGUAUAGGAACAUUCCCUGGGCAGUAAAGGGUUAUUAGCACUACCCUUUGUGCAGCUUACUAAUUGAAAUAUGAGUUUGCAAGGUCCAAUUACAGAUGAGACAUAUUGAACCACAUCAAAUAUAAUACUAAAAUAUGAAUCUAAACGAAAGGCAAACUUCUGUAUGGAGCACCUGGUAGUAUGAGAAAGCUAUGCAACACAUAUGGAAGACAAUGUGCCCGGACUACCACACAGUGGAAUGGGGAGAGUGUGCAAUGCGUCAGUCCGCUGUGCGCACUGCUGCUGCUGCUCUGCCAGGUUCUAGGACAUGCAAUAAACACCUGGGUGACGGAAGAGGGUCCUCUCCUGCUUCAAGGGUUUUUGGUCUCUGCCACAGAACAGUAACACAAGCCUCUGAGCAUUUUAGGAAUAUGUGGUGUUAUUUCCCACUAUGCAGUAAUGAUCAGGCACGAGCUAUUUAAUUUAGGGAGGUCAAAAAGGUUGCUACAGCAUUAUCACACGUUCUCUAACUACACCGGUUUCACAGUUUCCUUUAACUGUUAAAUUACACUGGUUUUCACAAGACAUGACGUUUUCUAAACCUACACCGGUAUUUCCAUUUCUAGCAGCCUAAGCAUGAAACUUAAAAGUUUAAACCAACACGUUUAAAUUGACCGCUACAUAAACCGAAACGUUAUAUUACUUUGCGCUCGUUAAGGAUCAAACGUUGCAAAGUCAAGCUUUUCCUAAACGGUUUUCAUUCUUGAAAACGUGUAUUAUUUAUGACGAGUUUCUGCAGUGUAAGUAACCCUUUAGAAAACUAUCUAUACCAAAAAUAUCUAUACCAUCCAUGUAGUUGUGUUAAUUUAAAUAGAUGCGUUUUAAAAUUACUGGAGUAUAACAGAAAUUAUAACACUCGCUGCAUACUCCUCUACAGUGCCGUACUGCGGUACUCCAACGUCAAUUCCGGGUAUUCUAAACCCGCCUUCUAAAUAUAUUCAUUCGACUGCUGUGCCCAUUCUCCCCGCCUCCUCCAUAUUAGACGCUCUCUUAUUCGCCUUUAAGAAUAUCAGUCUUACACUAUACCUCCUCCUGGUAAUCUGCAUAACCACGCCUUACACUGCGGUGAUAGGACAGACGGGCGUGUGUUGGCACGCCCCAACAGAGCCACCCCAGUUCUGAAGUCGGACACAUUGCUGAAAUUGGAAACUUUGGGAAAAGUGUGGAAUUCCUAUCCGUUCUGUUUUACAAUGGGAAUGACAGAAUGGGAAUAGGAGGAAAAAAUGAAACAAGCGACUGAGCUCAAAUACAAUAUCUCUUUUGGAUUAUUUGCGUGCAGAACUCUUUAAUUCCGAUUAUUUACUGGCUGCGGUCGGCAUGGCGGAGGGCUUGGAGGCAGCGGGUCCCAUUGACUGGAAGGAGAGGUGCACCACCCUGGAGACCCAGCUCCUCAAGUUCAGGAUCCAGGCCAGCAAGAUCCGGGAGCUGCUCGCCGAAAAGGUAAAUACCCAUGGAACCCAGAUGCAGCAGCUGGAGAGGCAGGUUCUGGAUGCUGAUAGGAGAGCUGAGAAGGCCAGUCAGCAGGUCCUGGUGAUGGAGGAGAAGCUGAAGGCGGCCAACAUUCAAACCAGCGAGUCGGAGACCCGGCUGUAUAAGAGGAGCCAGGACCUGGAGACCCUGGUGCAGGAGAAGGAUGACAUCAUCCAGGGGCUGGAGCAGCAGCUGGACGAGCAGAAGCAAAUGAGAUUCCAAGAAGCCAAGAUCGUAGAGGAGAAAGCAGCAAAAAUCAAGGAGUGGGUGACACUGAAGCUGAAUGAGCUGGAGCUCGAGAACGAGAACUUGCGCUCGAUCAACCAACGGCAGACUGAGGAGAUUGAGACUCUCCAGAGGCAGCUUCAGGAGGCAGAGGUGAAGAAGUCUCACUCCGUGACCCACAAGCCUGGGGAAGCUCAGAGGCUCAGCAGCCUGACGUUCGGCUGCUUCCAGGUCAGAGCCAAAAACCCCCAGGUCCUGACUGGACCAGAACAAGGGCACCGGGCCACCAAUCAGGAGACUGCAGGGUUGGAGGGGAGCGUGGCAGCAGGGAAAGAAGCCAGUAAAGAUUCUGAAUCUCAGGGGUGUCGAGACGGCAACAAGAGCCAGAGACCUGUACUGGCCAGCUCGGGCGAGAAAGGGAGGCGACAGGUCCGGGGGGGCGAGGCAGCCUGUGGGGGGGCGCUGAGUGAGGGCAGCUCUGACGAGGAGGAGGAGGGAGGGAGGGGGCGGGAGAGACCCAAGUCUUGCUGUGUGUCCUCUGCACUCUCCAGCCCUGCCUCUGACGGGCGCUACAGCCGGGCUGGGAGCGAGACUUACCUGACCGCCUCGGACGAUAGCAGCUCUCUGUUUGACGAGGACAUGCAGCGGGCCGACCCCAAGGGGGUGUACCAGCUCCCCCAGAUAGACCACCUGAGAGACGGCACGGCUGCAGGCUGCUUGGGGAAGAAGAGGCCAGAGCGGGACAGCUCCUCGGAGGAGCUGAGUAAGAAGUUCCAGUCCCAGCGCCUCGACUCGUCAUCCUCCUCCAGCGAAGCCAACACCCCCAGCCCCAUCCUGACCCCUGCGCUCACCCCCAAACACCCCACCCUGGAGACCAGCUCCCUCUCCCUCCCACACUCCCCCAGCAAGCUGCCCCCGCCCAGGCUACGCACCCCCACCGUGUUCAGCAUCAGCGUGGCCCUGGCCAAGAAGCACCUGAGCCAGCCGCAGCUCAGCUCCGACCGGCUGUUCGGCCGCAACCGCAACGCCAUCAGCAUGGUGCGGCCGCUCUGGCAGCAGGAUGACAUGGAGCUGGAGGAGCGAGCCCAGCCGGGAGGCUUCGAGCCCGGCCUGGAUGAGGGGGUCUUCUCCUACGACUCCUCCGAGGAGCUGGAGGGAGGGGCGGAGCUCCUGGGGAGAGCACAGGGCAGCAAGCCGCCCACCCCCCCUCUGCACAGGUUCCCUUCCUGGGAAAGCAGAAUUUACGCGGUAGCCAAAUCUGGGAUCAGACUGUCUGAAGCCACAUGUUCUGAGCUUGCCAACAAAAGCUCUGGGUCUCUCUCUUCAUACUCCACCUCUGGGUCGUACACCUCUCUGAUAUACAAGAACAUGACCACUCCAGUCUACACCACACUAAAAGGGAAAGCCACCCAGCUGAGCAGCAGCCCGUUCUCUGACGAAUCGUCGGGCUCCGAGGAGGAGGAGAGCUCCCGCUCCAGCACCAGGACCUCCGGCUCAGACUCCAGGAAGGGCAGCGGGACAGGGAGUCCCCGUGCCAUCAAGAGAGGGGUGUCCAUGUCAUCGAUGACCUCAGAGAGCGACUACGCCAUCCCUCCUGACGCCUACUCUACCGACACAGAAUGCUCGGAGCCAGAGCAGAAACUGCCCAAAACCUGCUCCUCCUCCAGCGACAACGGCAAGAACGAGCCUUUGGAAAAAUCUGGCUACUUGUUGAAGAUGGGAGGGAAAGUGAAGACCUGGAAAAGACGCUGGUUUGUCCUGAAAGGAGGUGAACUGCUGUACUACAAGUCGCCAAGUGAUGUGAUCAGAAAGCCGCAGGGGCAGAUUGAGCUGAGCACCUCCAGCAGUAUAGUCCGGGGGGAUGGGAAGCAAACCAUUCAGAUGAUCACUGAGAAGCGAGUCUAUUACCUGACUGCUGAUUCCCCCAAUAUCCUGGAGGAGUGGAUCCGCGUGCUGCAGAAUGUACUGCGAGUGCAGGCCGCCAGCCCGCUCUUCACACAGCCCGAGGCCAAGCCAGCCAUGAAGGGGUUGCUCACCAAGGUGAAGCACGGAUACUCCAAGCGGGUGUGGUGCGCACUCAUUGGGAAAACACUCUACUAUUUCCGCAGUCAGGAAGACAAGUUCCCGCUGGGUCGGAUCAAGCUGUGGGAGGCCCGGGUGGAAGAGGUUGACCGGUCCUGCGACUCGGACGAGGACUACGAGACCAGUGGCCGCAGUCUGCUGUCCACUCACUACACCAUCGCCGUCCAGCCCAAGGAGCAGGGCCCCACCUACCUCCUCAUCGGUUCCAAGCACGAGAAGGACACCUGGCUCUACCACCUAACCGUGGCUGCGGGCAGCACGACCGUCGCAGUGGGCACGGAGUUCGAGCAGCUGGUGGGGAAGCUGCUCACUGUGGAGGGAGACCCUGGCUCUCAGCUCUGGAGACACCCCACCCUGUGUUACAGUAAAGAGGGCAUCACCUCCCCCCUCACCACACUACCCUCGGAGGCACUGCAGACUGAGGCCAUUAAGCUCUUCAAGACAUGCCAACUAUUCAUCAACGUUGCAAUCGACGCCCCUGCCAUCGACUACCAUGUGUCUCUGGCACAGAGCGCCCUGCAGGUGUGCCUCACCCACCCCGAGCUGCAGAACGAGAUCUACUGCCAGCUCAUCAAACAGAGCCGCAAGAGGCAGCCCCCGGGCCAGGCCGGGCCCAUGCAGGGCUGGCAGCUGCUCGCUCUCUGUGUGGGGCUCUUCCUGCCUCAGCAACCCUUCCUGUGGCUCCUGAAACUGCACCUCAAGAGGCACGCGGACUCCAGGACAGAGAUUGGGAAGUACGUUAUCUACUGCCAGCGCUGUGUGGAGCGCACUCAGCAGAAGGGGGAGCGCAAGGCCAAGCCGUCCCGCAUGGAGAUCCUGUCCAUCCUGCUGAGGAACCCCUACCAUCACUCCCUGCCCUUCAGCAUCCCUGUGCACCUCCUCAACAACACCUACCAGGUGGUGGGGUUUGAUGCAUGCACCACGGUGGAGGAGUUCCUGAGCACACUGAACCAGGACACUGGCAUGAGGAGACCCGCACAGUCCGGCUUUGCUCUCUUCACUGACGACCCCUCCGGCAGGGAUCAGGAGCACUGUCUGCAGGGCAGCAUCAAGAUCUGCGAUAUCAUCUCUAAAUGGGAGCAGGCCUCCAAAGAGAUGCAUCCGGGCAAGUCAGAGAGCACAAGGACAGUGCGGCUCACCUACAAAAACAGGUUGUAUUUCUCUGUGCAGGCUCGUGGUGAGACUGACCGGGAGAGGCUGCUGCUCAUGUACCAGACCAGCGAGGAGAUCCUUCAGGGACAGUUCCCUGUCAACAAGGAGCUGGCUCUGGAGAUGGCAGCGCUGCUGGCACAGGUGGAGUUUGGAGACUUCGAGCGACCGUUUUCCACGCCAGCAGGUCAGGUUACUGCCCAGUCCAAAUCCAACCAGAGUCUGAAGCAGGUUCUGGAGAGGUUCUACCCCAAGCAGUACCGGCAGGGCUGCUCUGAGGACCAGCUCAGGCAGCUCCGGCAGAGGCUGUCAGCGAGGUGGAUGUCUCUGAGGGGCCGCACCGCCUCGGACUGCAUUCGGAUCUACUUGACCGUGGCCAGGAAGUGGCCUUUCUUCGGGGCUCGGCUCUUUGAAGCAAAGCCCAUCACCCCCUCGCCCUUCCAGGAUGCUCUGGUCUGGCUGGCAGUGCACAAGGAUGGGAUCAGUGUGCUGGAGUACAGCUCCAUGAGGCUGCUGGUGUCGUACGGGCCCAGGAACCUGAUGACGUUCGGAGGCUGCCGCGAUGACUUCAUGCUGGUGGUGGGUCAGUCCAGUGGCAAUGGGCACCCCAAGGACAAGCCCACAGAGAAGUACCUGUUUGCCAUGCCCAAGCCCAAGAUUCUGGAGAUGACCUUGCUGAUCGCCAGCUACAUCAACAGUGUCCACCAGCAAAAAGCCGCUGCCCAUCACCUCUCCGCCCCAGCCCUGCUCUCCGCUCAGCUGGCUGGACCCAAGAGCAGGGAGAUGGGGAGCCAGCCACUGCUGUCCUCCAACAGACCCACCAAGGGACCCACCCUUCUGUGAUCCCAGGCACCCUGAACCACUGAGCUCGCUCCGUAGCUGGCCAGCGAGAGCAGCAGCCUCCAAACCACAAGCCAUUAGCGCCUCACCGAACAAGGGGCCUAUCCUACUAUGAGAUGCAUCUGGAUCCAAGCUAGAUCUUUAGCUCACAGUUUAGAGCAGUGAUUCCCAAACCGGUCCUGGGGACCCACUGUGUCUGCUGGCUUUCAUUCCAACUGAGCUCUCAGUUACUUAACUAGACCCUUAAUUAAAUUGAUACUUUCCUGAAUUAGACCUUUUUAAAUUGUUUUCAGCUCUUAACAGUUGCAUAUUUCAAGUUAGCUAUGCCAUUUUAUAAGUAACUUGAACUCUGCAACUGUUCAAGAGCUGAAAACAAUUAAAAAGGUCUAAUUAAGCAAAUUUAGAGCAACCUUCCCAAAACCCUUCAGGGCCAUGCCAGUACAUGUUAAAGGGAUACUGUAUGUUGUUCACAUUUUAAUCGUUCAUUUCUUACGUGUUUGCUUCCAACAUUAUAUGCUCUGUUUACUAACUGUUCCAGCAAAAAUUGCUUCUGAAAAGGCUGAUUGUGGGGAAACAUAUCAGUGUUGCACAAGCUUCAGUGUACAGUGCUCCACCCAUUGGCCUUCGUGCACAGCGCAAUGCUAAUAUCCUCCCCAAACUCACUUCACCACAGUAAGCCUUUAAAUAUUAUUUUUGCUGGAAAGAAGAAACAACAAUAUUGAAUCAUACAGAACACACAUAUGGUAAUAGGAUAUGAAAUAUUGGAAAGCACAUAGAUGAUAUACCUGUCCCUGUAUGGUAAUGAUAACACAUUCUUAAGGACAUUUCAGUGAUGGUUAGCACUACCUUUUAUAUGCACUGGAAAGCAAUACAGGUUUGAAAUGCAUGUUAGACCAGAUUGGGGGAAGGUUAGAUUCAGUUCAAUCAUUGUAUUCAGUACUGCUGAUGCUUUUAAGAUUGUCUGCUAUGCUGGGGUACUUGUGACCCAGCCACUCAAGAGCCUUGUAAAGAUAUCUUCAUAUUACCAGCUAAUGGAAACAUGAACUACUGGAAGUUCAAAGUGUUUUUAUUAUAAUAUAAAAAUUAUAGUAGGCAAAAAAAUAAUUCAGGAUUUUAAUAUAAAUAUGUAGAUUUGAAAUAAUUGGCGCUGUAGUCAGAACUAACAGGUAUAAAUCGAGAUGCAACUGACCCUGUUUACAUAGUUAUGUUGUUAUGUGGUAUACCUGAUUUUCAAAAUGGGUAGAUGAUCAUUUCCUUAGGUGUUUUGUUCCUUAAACAGCUAGCUAACUGUAAACCAGCAUGUUUCUGUUGAAACCCCAUUAUAAACCAUCAGGAUGUAAAACAUUCCGGCCUCCCUUAGUAAAAGCACCACCGCACACAGUUCAAGGUAAGUCAUGCAAUCAGGAGCACGCUGGUUCGAAUCCUGGUUGUGUCCCGUCUUGGCUGGGGGCCCACAGGGAGUGCUGCAUUGUGGACAGGCAGGAAAACUGGCAGGGGUUAGUUCACCUGAUCGCACAUCAGUGACCCCUAGUGGUCAGGUGCCUGACUAGGCCAGGAUGUCUUGUAUUCAGUGUUGAGAGUACCUCUGCUGUAGCGCAGAGAGUUACCGACCCGUUACUGUCUGUCCGUUUCUCUGUACAUAUGCCUGCAGUAUACAUACAGUUAUUUCUGGAGCUCGGGAAAAACAGGACAAUCUUUUCCUAGCGUUCCAAACGGUACAUGAUGUCCUGUCUGGCGCGUUGAUUUCCGUUUGCAACUCUUCUUGUGCUAAUCGACCCCCACCACCCGCCACCUCUCAGACACAUUUUAUUAUUAUUAUUAUUAUUAUUAUUAUUAUUAUUAUUAUUAUUAUUAUUAUUAUUAUUAUUAUUAUUAUUUAUAUAAACUGGAGGUGUACAAAUCUUUAAAGAAAUGAAUGUAGCUCAUACAUUAACUUGACCAAUAAUGUGUUAAUAUCAGGUACUGGUAUAAGCUCUUAAUCACAAACACUGAAUUUACAACAAUCUGGGGGUGACAAGGGCUGGGUGGGCAUCCUAACAGAGCCUCAACACAGCUGCUGUGUACUUGGAAUGCCCGCUGUUCAGUUGAGGUCCUGUCCUCCCACCACAAUUAUGUCCAGUUUUAUACUAAAAUAUAAUUCUUGUUUCGUGCUCAUUUUCCCAGUUUUAGUGGGAAACCGGACCUGGUUGGCAGUUCAGUUUGUUUACAGUUUCUAACAGUAGUUUCAGUUGCAAGAACACAAGCUUCCAAUUUGCAUUAUACAGUAUAAACAUAACGCUUCUGCUCUAUCUGCAGCAGUUGAAGGUUAUAUAAGCUCCGCUGUUGCAAAACAAAAAUGUAAACAAAUAUGUGUUUCAUUUUGCUCUGACAUUGGAGGACAGACAGGCAAGCUAGGGUUCUAGUUUUACCCACUUGUUAAACAGACAUAUUUUAGUUAUUGUUAAUAUAAUUGUAAUAUUCAUAAAAUCAUAGCAGAAGCAACCAUCCAUAAAAGUUAGUGCACUUGCCUUUAUAAAACUUCACCAUAGUAAAAGCAUAGUAAAAGCAUAGCAGUGUAAAUAAUAGCAAGGUAUGGUAAAGCAUAUUUAAACAAAAAAAAAAAAACAUGGCAAACCAGGGUAAAAUGCAUAGAAAAACUGUUGAUUUACUGUGCAAGUCUACUGUGGUAAACUUUUAUAAAGGUGCACCGUACUCACGGAAGUCAGUUCUAUAUAGUUUUUCACAACACGCUUUAGUUUUUAAAAUGUACUGUGUAAACAGUUUAGCAGUGGAGUAUUAUUGACCACAGAAUAUAAAAGACAUACUUCUACUAUCAUUGCUCUGCUGUGCAGAUCAUAUUCACACUGUGAUAAAGCAAUUAUUAUUAUUAUUAUUAUUAUUAUUAUUAUUAUUAUUAUUAUUAUUAUUAUUAUUAUUAUUAUUAUUAGUAGUAGUAGUAGUAGUAGUAGUAGUAGUAUUACAUUCCUGUGGAUCAGAUAAGAUCUAGAAACACAUUUUUUAAUUCAAACUAACAAUAUAUGAGGUACUUUUGUAAUUAAAGUUUAACAUCAUCAUUGCGUUUUGUUACUUAUUCUUGUAUCAGUGUUGCCCUGUUUUCACACAAGGAAUUGAUUCUGGGUAGAAUCAUAUGUUAUUAUGCAUUGUUACAAUGUACUUAACGUGGAAAUCUUUUUGCACACUAUAUGUAAGUACACAAUUGUAUCAGAAAAGGGUUGGGGAUAGGGGUGUUAGGGUUAGGGUUUGAGUCAGGGGUUAGGGGGUUAGGGUUAGUAGAUUGUAACUAUGCACAAUAACAGUGUAACUAUGUGUAAGUGCACAUGUAUUUACUAAGUAACUGCUAUGUAAAUACACAGUAAUUAGAGACACUUCAUGUAAAGUGUUACCCAGUGUUUUCCUGGUUUGUGUUUUGUUAUUGGGCCGGUAUGAUAAGGUGAGGGAGUGUAAUAGCCACAGUGUGUUUAAUUUUGAAGAGCCUGUGGCGUCUGUACCCAUGUGCUUUGUAAUGUGUGUGUAAGGUGAUCUGGUAUACACCUUUGCCCAGCUCAGUGUCAUGUUUUGUGUCUGUAAUGAAGAGAAGGCUGUGAAAGGUAUACAGUAUUUAAUGCACAAGUGAAAUAUUUUAAUGCCAAUCUGCCUAGAUAUUUAUUUUAUUUGUAUUUGUUUUUGAUGACGUUUAUGCUAAUUCUCACAGUUAUUUAAAUAAAUGCACUCUAUAAACAGA